ACCUCCGAGCUCAGUUCUCAGCUCAGGAUCGCCCCGCCCACACCCCUAGCCCACGCCCCCAUGCUUGAGUCCCAGGCCCGCUGGUUCCGGCCUUCACGACCUUACGGGCGCUUUCCGGCUGGCCGCGCGGGAGCUUACGUGUCGAGGAGGCGGAGCCUAAGACAGCAAGUCUAAGUCUGGAGGUUCCACUGGUUCGGACCUGGCUGCCUAGAGGUUUACCUAUUCCUGCAGUCAUGGCUGUGCGCCGUGGCUCUGCACGAGCCGCUCCCGCCUCAGAUAAAGUACAGAAAAGCAAAUCUGCACUGACACCAGGACUGAAACAGGGCAGCCGAAUGGAGAAAAUUUUAGGGUUUGAAUGGACAGAUUUAUCUAGCUGGCAGAGUGUCGUGACCCUGCUUAACCGACCAACGGACCCUGCAAACCUGGCUGUCUUUCGUUUUCUCUUUGCAUUCUUGAUGCUGCUGGACAUUCCUCAGGAACGGGGCCUUAGCUCCCUGGACCGAAAAUACUUGGAUGGGCUGGAUGUGUGCCGUUUCCCCUUGCUGGAUGCCUUGCGCCCACUGCCACUUGACUGGAUGUAUCUUGUCUACACCAUCAUGUUUCUGGGGGCACUGGGCAUGAUGCUGGGCCUGUGCUACCGGCUAAGCUGUGUGUUAUUCCUGCUACCAUACUGGUACGUGUUUCUCCUGGACAAGACAUCGUGGAACAAUCACUCCUAUCUGUAUGGUUUGUUGGCCUUUCAGUUGACAUUCAUGGAUGCAAACCACUACUGGUCUGUGGAUGGCCUGCUGAAUGCCCGAAAGAAGAAUGCUCACGUGCCCCUUUGGAACUACACAGUCUUGCGUGGCCAGAUCUUCAUCGUGUAUUUCAUUGCGGGUGUGAAAAAGCUUGAUGCUGACUGGAUUGGGGGCUAUUCCAUGGAGCACCUGUCUCGGCACUGGCUUUUUAAUCCCUUCAAGAUGGUGUUGUCCGAGGAGCUGACAAGCCUGCUGGUGGUACACUGGUGUGGGCUUCUCCUUGACCUCUCGGCUGGCUUCCUGCUCUUCUUUGACGUCUCGAGACCCAUCGGCCUCUUCUUCGUGUCCUACUUUCACUGCAUGAACUCGCAGCUCUUCAGCAUAGGGAUGUUUCCCUAUGUCAUGCUGGCCAGCAGCCCUCUCUUCUGCUCAACUGACUGGCCUCGGAAGCUGGUAGCCCGAUGCCCAAAAAGGCUGCAAGAGCUGCUGCCUGCCAAAGCUGCCCCUCAGCCCAGUGCUUCCUGUGUGUAUAAGAGGGCCCGGGGCAAAGCCGGUCAGAAGCCCGGGCUGCGCCACCAGCUGGGAGCUGUCUUCACCCUGCUGUACCUUCUGGAACAGCUCUUCCUGCCCUAUUCCCAUUUCCUCACCCAGGGUUACAACAACUGGACAAAUGGGCUGUAUGGCUAUUCCUGGGACAUGAUGGUGCACUCCCGCUCCCACCAGCAUGUGAAGAUCACCUACCGCGACGGCCUCACUGGCGAGCUGGGCUACCUUAACCCUGGGGUAUUCACACAGAGCCGGCGAUGGAAGGAUCAUGCAGACAUGCUGAAGCAAUAUGCCACUUGCCUGAGCCUCCUGCUUCCCAAGUACAAUGUCACUGAGCCCCAGAUCUACUUUGAUAUUUGGGUCUCCAUCAAUGACCGCUUCCAGCAGAGGCUUUUUGACCCUCGUGUGGACAUCGUGCAGGCUGUCUGGUCCCCCUUCCAGCGCACGCCUUGGGUGCAGCCACUCUUGAUGGACUUAUCUCCCUGGAGGACCAAGUUACAGGACAUUAAGAAUAGCCUGGACAACCACACUGAGGUGGUCUUCAUUGCAGAUUUCCCUGGGCUUCACUUGGAGAAUUUUGUGAGUGAAGACCUGGGCAACACUAGCAUCCAGCUGCUGCAGGGAGAAGUCACUGUGGAAUUGGUGGCAGAACAGAAAAAUCAGACUCUUCAAGAAGGAGAGAAAAUGCAGUUGCCUGCGGGAGAGUACCAUAAAGUCUAUACUGUAUCAUCUAGUCCUUCCUGCUACAUGUACGUCUACGUCAACACUACAGAGGUUGCACUGGAGCAAGACCUGGCAUAUCUGCAAGAGUUAAAGGAGAAGGUGGAGAAUGGAAGUGAAACAGGGCCCCUGCCUCCAGAACUUCAGCCUCUUUUGGAAGGGGAAGUAAAAGGAGGCCCUGAGCCAACACCUCUGGUCCAAACCUUUCUCAGACGGCAAAGGAAGCUCCAAGAAAUUGAACGCCGGAGAAAUAGUCCUUUCCAUGAGCGAUUCCUCCGCUUCGUGCUGCGAAAGCUGUAUGUCUUUCGACGCAGCUUCCUGAUGACUCGAAUUUCACUCCGAAACCUGCUAUUAGGCCGCCCUUCCCUAGAGCAAAUAGCCCAAGAAGUGACAUAUGCAAACUUGCGACCAUUUGAACCAGUUGAUGAGACAAGUGCUUCAAACACUGAUUCUUCAAAUCCUAAUCCUUCAGAACCAGAUUCUGAACAUGUUCACUCUGAGUUCUGAGGGAAGUCCAGAUGCUCUGUAGAUAUGGGGGCAGCCUGUUACAGGUUUAUUGUCUGUGCAAAGGACAUUUUUUGGAGAAAAAAUGAUUUUGAAGCAGGCUUUUACAGUACAGCCCAGGCUGGCCACAAACCCAUGGUGGUCCCUCUGCUUCAGCCUGUUUUGUCACCAAACCUAGUCGUUUUUCCCUUUACAUUUUUCCCCUUUUAAGUUGUUUAAAAUUAUAGCUUACAGGAUCCAAGGCAACAGAAUUUGAAUCCCAGGAUUAAGGGCAUUUAGUUUUUAUAGACAGGAUUUCUUCGUGUAGACCAGACUGGCCUUGCCCUCAAGAGAUUUACUGGCCUCUGCCUCCUGAGUGCUGAAAUUAAAGGCAUGGGACAUCACUACCUGGCUUUUAAUAGUCAUUUUCUUUUUUUCUUUUGUUUUGCUUUUCGAGACAGGGUUUCUCUGUAUAACCCUGGCUGUCUUGGCACUCAGUCUGUAGAUCAUGCUAGCCUUGAACUCAGAAAUCCACAAGCCUUUGCCUCCCAAGUGCUGGGAUUAAAGGCAUGCACCACCAUUGCCUGGCUGUCAUUUUCCAAGUUGAUUUACUUUUUAGAAAAAGGAAUUUUACCGCAAUGAAUAUAGCUGAACCCAUGUGCUUGCUAUGUGCAGUGUACCUGAAUUAACACACUUAGUACUUUAAGAAGCAUUGACCUUUACCUUUGAAGAAAGGAAAAUGCAUAAAACUUUCCCCAAGGGAUCUAGGAGUUAACAAUUUGAAAUGUUAGAUUUAAGGUCCUGUACCCUGCUGCUUAUAAUUUUCAGACCCUAACUAGUGCUAAUUUUUAGCACUAACACUAAAGCAAUUUAAUUUAAAACUUGUGUUAAUUCCAAGUGACUAGGGUAACCAGGUACUAACAAAUGCACAAGGUAGUUUUUAAUUUAUAAUUCAUUCCUAUUUGUAGCCAGUAAGUUUUUCAGUACCAUUAACAUCAGAAUAGCACUACUAAAUAGGGAAGCCAGAUGGCUUACUUUUGUACAAAUCAGCUUAGUGAAGUGGUAACUCUCUAAGCCAAGGCUGAGUCAUAAGCCUUGAGGUAUUCCAUUUCCUUAUAUUUGCCAAACCUCAUCACAUCUCCCUUCUACUCAUCCAAUUUUUAUCUACUAUCCCUCUAUUUCUUCACCUUUUAUUUUGAAACCUAAUUAGGGAUAGACCAAGGUAAGGUCACCACUUUCAAUUACACAGGUUAGGCCUGAGAAUGGAGAACCAAAAAUGGACUAGAGGUGUUGGCUCGGGGAGCUCUGAUCAUUUUUUACAGGAAAAAAACACUAAUUCCUCUUCAUGACCUCUCCUUAACAGUAUGAAAUACAACCUAGCAUUAUGUCCUUUCACUAUUUCCUUAACCAGGUCAGCCUUGAGUAGCUAGGAAGCUUAUUCAAACUUUUGCAGUGCUAUGAACCCAAGGUUUAUGCAAAGUAUGUAGCUCCUACCAUGUUGAUUUACUGAGUUCCCCCUAAUGUUGGGAUGAAUUAAGUUGAGAUGAGGUCAUUAAUAGUUAAGCAGCUUGAGGGUAUAGAGAUGGGGUUCAGUUGAUAAAUUAAGUCUCCCAUGCAAAGUCCUGGUAUACACAUCUACAGUUUUAGCAGAGGCUGGAAGAUAAAGGGGCAGCAUGGGAGAAGCAAGGCCCUAUUUAGUUGAUGGAAAUUGUACAGUAUUACUGGUCAAACCAGGCUUUGCAAUUAGUUGUUCUGGGAAUCGAUUUUUUUUAAAAGCAGAGGCCUAGCACUGUACAUCUAGCUGAAUUACUCUUAUCUCCAGCAUACACUUUGUGCUUGUCCUUAGCCUUGAACCCCACUUCCAUUACUCAUUUCCUUCUGUUCUCCCCAGCCUAUUAGUUAGUGUUCAUGCACCUAAUAUUUCUCAGGAUCUUCUUAGUUUUUGAGGGCACAUCUAUGUAGUUGAACACUUUUGAGAUGGCUUCAACUUACCCCAGGCCACCCUAAAUAUAAAUUAGGUAGCUGAGGAUGAUCUUGAAUUCCCAAUUGUCCUGUUCUUGCCAGUGGGCAAUUUAUCUCAUUCCUGUCUUGGGCAAACAAGCCUCUAAAAACUUGAGAUAAGGACUAAGUAUAAGUGGCCCAAGUUUAACUCAAUCUCUUGAAUUAAGGGGAUGGAUGGAUGGAUGGAUACAUGAGCCAUUCUGGAGACCGUUCAUCUUUGCCUCCCAAGUGCUAGGAUUAAAGGAACACGCUGUCAUCACCACCAAGCAAAGAAAAUCAAUAAACUUUGUGUAACAUUAACACCA